CGCCGCGCACGCCAUGGGAACCGUGACUGACGAUGAAGUCAUACGGAAGCGUCUCCUAAUUGAUGGAGAUGGCGCUGGAGAUGAUCGGAGAAUUAAUCUACUAGUGAAAAGUUUCAUUAAAUGGUGCAACUCUGGAUCCCAGGAAGAGGGAUACAGCCAGUACCAACAUAUGCUGAGCACACUGUCCCAAUGUGAAUUUUCAAUGGGCAAAACUUUGCUGGUGUAUGAUAUGAAUCUCAGAGAAAUGGAAAAUUAUGAAAAAAAAUACAAAGAAAUAGAAUGUAGCAUUGCUGGAGCACAUGAAAAAAUUGCUGAGUGCAAAAAGCAAAUUCUUCAAGCAAAACGAAUACGAAAAAAUCGCCAAGAAUAUGAUGCAUUGGCAAAAGUGAUCCAGUGUCAUCCAGACAGGCAUGAGACGUUAAAGGAACUAGAGGCUCUGGGAAAAGAACUAGAGCAUCUUUCACAUAUUAAAGAAAGUGUUGAAGAUAAGCUAGAAUUGAGAAGGAAACAGUUUCAUGUUCUUCUUAGUACCAUCCAUGAACUUCAGCAAACACUGGAAAAUGAUGAAAAGCUCUCAGAGGUAGAAGAAGCUCAAGAAACAAGCAUGGAAACUGAUCCUAAACCAUAGACCAACUAAUCACUCACCAUUCCCAAGAAUAUUGAAGUAGCAACAUGAUCUUAGUGUGUUCAGAAUUUGUUGUGCUCUUGAGACAUUUAAAGUUUUGGCAGUGAACUACGUUGCUUUUAAAUUUUAAUGCACAGUUCAUUCAUAUUUCUUCACACAAAGGGAGAUGACUUCAUUAUAUAUUUGUUUUUAUUGAAAUGCGUUUUUUAUACUUAAAAGAUAGGAAGCAACAUCCAAAAAUGUUUAAUGAAAUAUUUUCAAGCCAGAUAUGUUAGUGCUCAUUGGUAUUCUAGGUAGGUUUUAACUGGUAACAUUGAUUUGCUCACAAAAUAAGUGGAAGAUAGUGAGAAGGUGGCAUUUCUAGGAUGUACCUGAGAAAAUUAGUCAAUUUCUGGAAAUCGUUACCACUUUUGAAA